AUGAAUCAUCCUUUUCUUUCAAUCCUUUCGAUCACGAAAGCGCACGCGCGCGGCCCACCUCUGCAAGCGACGGUGGCGCUAUUAUUCGGGACAAUCAUGCACGCCUUCGCCGGCCACUCGGACGACGGGUAUAAAGGGUUCACCUUGUGGGUGAAUAUCUCUCUCCUUUUUCUCAUAGAUUCGAACAUUGGAAGCAUGAUGCGAAAGAGUUAUUUAAGGAUUCUGGGUACAGUUCUCGGCGGCGCGCUCGUGGUGCCGAUGAUUGUCUCGGUGCACGAAAUUCGGAAAAAAGAUACUAAUUUGUGUGAAGUUGCAUCUGGUGCGAUACUCGCGUCGAGCGUCGCAUUGGUGAGCUUAGUAUGCAGAUGUUAUAAGAAAAAGUUUGGCGCGAAGUACGAGUACAUGUUCGUCGUGUGCGAGUUGACGUUUGUCGUGUGCGGGGUUGGAGGGUUUUAUAAGGAGGAACCGGUGAUUAACGCGUUGGAGCGGGUAUUGUCGGUAGUGAUGGCGGUGGUUAUUGCUUUAGCGGUGGCGAGGACGGUGACGCCGAUUUACGCCGCGGAUGCAGCGAGGAUGGACGCGGCGGAAGCCGCGAAGGAAAUUAGAGACGUGUUGGGUAUCAUCGUUGACGUCUAUUUGAAUUUUUCGUUCGAGGGUAGCAUGCAUACGGAUGACGACGGAGACGGCAUCGACGACGCGUUAUUCGAACGAUUGGAGAAGGACUCGCUCAGUCAAAAGCAGCAAUCCGCGAUGAGUCGAUUGAGUCGCGUGGGAGGGUUGAUAUCGGCCGCUGAAGUAGAAAUCGGGAAAACCUUCAACGGGCAAGAAUACCGGGUGUUAGCGCAGGGGUUGAGUCGGUUAUACAACGCGAUGAUUGCGAUGUUAUUUCCGUUGGAAUCUGGAUCGGUGGCGACGGAGUUGGUACGAAAGUACCGACAUUUAAUCGAUGAUGUUCAGAAACAACUAAACGUAGCGCUCACGUCGAUGAGCGAAACGGCGCUGAUUGAAAAUCACAACAGCGAAGAGUGCGUGGUUUUGUUCAACGCGAUGACCGAUGGCGCCGUGAGAGCUAAGUUACGUUCGGAUGUGCUCGAGAGAGCGUUGGACGAAGAAGAAGCGAAGUCGGGGAGGCAAUCGCUCACGUCGCCGAGCUUGUAUACCUUCACGCAGUUUGUGAAAACUUACGCGCACGUCACGACGUACGUUCUCGUGUGCGUGUCCAAAUACAAACCCUCGGAGUACGAUAAAAUAGCAAACGCGUUGGAUAAAUCCGAGCGCGAAGAGGAAGAGCAGAGAAAGAAUGAAGAGGAGGAGGCUGACGACGGUGGCAGUGACACGAAUAGUCAUUCGAGUACGCGAAAGUAUAAGUAUGCAGAACGACGGAGUUCCAUGAAGUAUUUCACGAAAACGAGAAUGGGGGGUGGGAAAAGUAACGAUAGUAACGUGUGA